ACUCAUUUGCGUUUGCUUUUCUUCACAGCUUGGGAGACAGAAGAAAAAGUACAUGCCAUACAACCACCAGCACAAAUACUUCUUCCUGAUUGGGCCCCCAGCCUUGCUGCCUCUCUACUUCCAGUGGUAUAUUUUCUAUUUUGUUUUCCAGCGGAAAAAGUGGGUGGACUUGGCCUGGAUGAUCAGCUUCUACGCCCGCAUAUCCCUCACUUAUGUGCCGUUGUUGGGACUGAAAGGCUUCCUGGGCCUUUUCUUCACGGUCAGGUUCCUGGAGAGCAACUGGUUUGUGUGGGUCACACAGAUGAACCACAUCCCCAUGCACAUUGAUCACGACCGGAACAUGGACUGGGUCUCCACCCAGCUCCAGGCGACAUGCAAUGUCCACGAGUCUGCCUUCAAUGACUGGUUCAGCGGACAUCUCAACUUCCAGAUUGAGCACCAUCUCUUCCCCAUGAUGCCUCGACACAAUUACCAUAAAGUGGCCCCCCUGGUGCAAUCCCUGUGUGCCAAGCAUGGCAUAGAGUACCAGUCCAAGCCCCUGUUCUCAGCCUUCGCCGACAUCAUCUACUCACUGAAGGAGUCUGGGCAGCUCUGGCUAGAUGCCUACCUUCACCAGUAACGACUGCCACUCCUCCCCCCACCCGGAAGAGAUGUCUGUCUUCACCGAUAACACCAGCCCACCGGGAAGGGGAGUCUGCACCAAAGCAGAGGGGAGCUUAUGGGACAAUGCCACUAUAAUUCUAAUAUUCAAAGGGGGUGGGUUUGAGGAGACAAAGGCUCUGACUCAAGCCCCCCCCCCUUUAUCUUCCAGGCACAGAUUUAAGACCCAAAGGGGUAGGGGACCGUGCAUGCCUUCUGGAAGGAGCGAUGGGCCUGAUGGGGCAGAGAUGUGACAGUUUUGUUUCCUUUUUCUAGUUUGGCAGAUGCAGAUGGUUGGUGAGCAAAGGGGGUCCAAGGGUGUUGGAAGACUAGGGAGGACCUAUUGAGCCCAGAGAUCAGGAAGAGAAUGAGCAUAAAAAUUCCAUCCGGGGGGUGCCUGGGUGGCUCAGUCGGUUAAGCAGCAGACUCUUGACUUCGUCUCAGGUCGCAAUCUCACGGUUCCUGAGUUCAAGCCCCGGACUGGGCUCUGCAUUGACAGCACAGAGCCUGCUUGGGAUUCUCUUUCUCUCUGCUCCUCCCCUGCUCACGUUCUCUCACUCACUCACUCACUCUCAAAAUAAACAAAUAAACAUUAAAAUAGACAAAUAUAUAAAAUUCCAGCCAGCAAAGGGGUGAGCCCAUCUCACUGGUCCGCUUCUCAGUGCCUUCACCCUCACAUGCAAACCUCAGAGGUUCGCAGGCUGGUGGGAGACAGAGCAGCUGAACCUUCCGAGCAAGAUUUAGAAAGGAAGGGUUAGUGCUUAGAUUUGAGGCCUGGCAUAGCACACUGGGAGGCUCAGCCUACUCUAGGGCUAGGGGGGACCUAGGUCUGCCUCAGGCUGCUGGAGAAGCACUUUUCCCACUUGUAGAAGUGGGCAGGGCAAAGGCCAGGGCUGUGGUAAUGGAAACAUCUGACUUUAAAGGAUCCUGGCCCUACUGGUUUUGAGCUCAUGGUCCAUCCAGGGCACCCAGGGAGCAGUAGGUCCUCGGUCUCGCCAAAACAGCAGAAAGAGUUGCUGGCCACUCGGAAUCCCUUUACCUUGGGUUCACCUCUUGCAACCACCACCCAAGGAACAGGACACUUCUAGGAUGGGGAGUCCAUUUCUUGAUCCAUAAGCAAGUGACCACAUGGGGCAACUGAAUCUUCUCCCUUUGAAACAAAUGAGGGCCCCCUGGGGUUUCCCUCUGCCUUCCUACCUGUAAUUAAUUCCAAGUUUAGUAAAGUAGUUAGCACAAGUGGACUAUAUUGGGAGACCCUGAAUUACCAGUCACCAGGAAACCACAGAUUGUAGUCCUAAAGAAUAGAAGGGCCGUAAGACAUUGUCUACAACCUAACUUAUGUUACAGUAUUCCUUCUGAGUAGGAACAGUGAAUUAAAUACAAUCACUUCAUAGUUCUAAACCAGAGAUAGGAAGAUAAAACACAAGUUUUGUGAGCUAUCUACCCUCAGCCGUUCAAGCAUCCUUCCUAGCCGGAGACCAGGCAGGAAUUUAGGACAAUCUCUUUUAAAAGCCCACCAGUGUAAUUCCGAAAUACAAUUUUUAAAUCUGGUUCUUAACCGUUUAAGCCAUCUCUAGACUGGACAAAGGAAUGCACUCAGGAGCCUGCCUUAAUUGCCAGGGUUUGUCGAUCUGCCUUCAACACCUUCCCUCCUCACAUCCACACCUUCAGUGCCGACGGGGGUGGGGGGAUUAGUUGCCUGAUCAACAGCAUCUACUCUAAGGGCAUUGAGCAUUGUGGAUACAGAGAGGAGCAAACUUCAAAGUAGAAGGGAAAAGAGCCCUAGGAGAGUCCACACUUAGGAGAGAAUAAAGAUCAUCUUAAGGCAAGUUGGGAUGGGGUUCGAGGUACCACCUAUGGAAGGGCUGUUGGGAUCGCUCGAGAGGUGUGUCAAAACAAAGAUUAAAGAAGCAACAAACAUGGGGAGGACGGGUUGCCAGACCAUACUCAGAUCUUUUCCAUUUGGCCAGAACCUCGUUUAAAACAGCCUGGGUUGAAAAAUGAGAAGUAGAAUUGAAACGUCCUACUUUCGUUGGCUUCCUCACUCCAGAAUAGGUACUGACCCUUCCCUAUCCCCCUGGUUCCCUGCUACCUAGGGUUUCAGCGUGGGGUCACCAGCCUAUCGAGCCAUCUGGCUGCCAAGCUGAGCAAAUCCAGUGAUGCUUACUGAGCCAAGGCCGGGCCCUCGAAGCACUUCAACCACCGUGGCCUUCUCUCCUUAACCUAGACCGGUGUGGUCUCACGUGGCCACAGAGGGACACCCCAGUGACAAAAGGCUUAGACCGUUACAACAGUAACAGGAGUAAUUUCAAAUCCAAGCAGUGACACGAGAAAACAGGCUCAAAGACCAUACGAGUCACUGCCAGUCAGACUGGCAAAACUAACCUUUGAACUCCCGUGUUCUAGAGUUCCGGGCUCUAUGUGCAUCUUUGUUUCUUUAAUUAGGCCGACAUCCGUGUCCUUUGUGUUGAUGUUACUACAUCUCCAAGAAGUAAAGCUGAAAAAUAAAGUUAAUUUUGACCACCUGAA